GAUCCGGAGCUAUGAGUCAGUUUUUUUCUUUUUUUAUUCUUUUCUUUCUUUAUAUUUCUAUCUCAUGUCAGAUUUACCUUCUUUACGGAAAAAGAUUGACUUUUUGGACAGUUCUCUUGUUGACCUUCUCAAUGAACGUGCUCGGAUUGCUUUAGACAUUGGCGCGACCAAACGCAAGAAUGAAGAGGAAUUGGGUGAAAAGGCAGCAGAUGAUCUUCAUGUUUAUAUGCCUGGACGUGAAAAGCAAAUAUAUGAAAAGUUGAAACGAUUGAACCAUGGUCCUAUGAAAGAUGAAUCUUUACAUGCUAUCUUUAGAGAGAUUAUGUCUGCAUCGAUUGCUCUUCAAAAAGAAGUCUCUGUUGCUUAUCUUGGUCCUCCUGGUACAUUCUCUCAUCAAGCUGUCUAUCAAAGAUUUGGUGAUAGUGUUGUCUAUGUUCCUCAAAAACAAAUCACAGAUGUUUUUGAAGCGGUGGAAAAAGCACAUACUACUUAUGGUAUUGUUCCUUUUGAAAACUCAACUUUUGGCAGUGUGGUGGAAACAUUAGAUUACUUUGUCAAGAGCAAUGUUAAAGUCAGAGCAGAAACUUAUUUGACAGUACAUCAAUGCUUAUUAUCCAAUAGUCCUCUAGAUAAAAUCAACAAAGUGUAUAGUCAUCCUCAGGGACUUGGACAAACACAAGAAUGGCUUUCAACUCAUCUUCCAGAAGCAAGACGCAUAGCAGUCAAGUCUACAGCACAAGCAGCAGAACAAGCAGCAUUGGAAACAGGUGCAGCAGCCAUUUGUAGUGAGAUAUGUAGUGAACUCUAUGGAUUGGACAUUGUGGCUCGGGAUAUUGAACAUGGUGUGGCAAAUACGACAAGAUUCCUGAUCAUCGGCAGUUCCAGUGACGACCAAGCGACAGGCAAUGAUCAUACAUUAUUACGUUUCACCGUGGAUCAUCGACAAUCAGGUGCAUUAUGUGAUGGACUCAAGGUAUUCAAGGAUUAUGAUCUCAAUCUAUUCAAGAUCGAUUCUCGGCCCAGUGGAUUACGACCAUGGCAUUAUGUGUUUUUUGUGGAAUGUUCUGGUCAUGCUCAACAAAGUGAUGAUUUACAAAAAGCUGUCAAGGAUCUUAAUAGGUAUUGCUUGGAUGUCCAAAUCCUAGGUAGUUUUCCCAAUGAACGUACUGAUUGAAUCAACUGGUCUAUUAUUUUUUUUUUUUUUGUUUUUUUGUUUUUUUACCUUUGAAUUAUUAUAUAUUUUGUUUAUCACACAUACACACACAUCUUAGUCUAGUUUAUACCGUUGUACAUAUAGUUGAUGAUUUAUAAAGAUGAAAACAAUAAAAGAUAUGUGUAUCCAUUUUUAUUUAUUUUGUUAAAAAAAAA